GGGGGCGUGGCCGGGACUAAGGGGAAGCUGGGGGCGGGGCCGCCUGGGGGGAUGAAGUGGGGGCGCUCGGCGCUCCUGCCUCGUUUGCCGCUGCCGGGGGCCGGGGAGAGCGUACGCGGCGUCCCGAGGGUCGUGCAGACCUCUGACCCUGGAGUCUCGCAGCCGCCGGGAGCCGUCCCGUUGGGUCGUCUCCCGGGCCGCCCGCCGUUCUCCGGCCCCCAGGGGAGCGGCCGGCCGCAGUGUGGGGAGAGGUCAGCAUGAGCCGGGGGGUCCGGCGGGCCGCCGCAGGGCAGGGGGCGGCGGCCGCAGUGCAGCUGCUGGUUACCCUGAGCUUCCUCCCGAGCGUCGUCGAGGCCCAGGUCAUCGGAGUCCUAGAUGAUUGCUUGUGUGAUAUUGAGAGCAUUGAUAACUUCAACACCUUCAAAAUCUUCCCCAAAAUAAAAAAAUUGCAAGAACGAGACUAUUUCCGUUAUUACAAGGUUAAUCUGAAGCGACCAUGUCCUUUCUGGGCAGAAGAUGGCCAUUGUUCAAUAAAAGACUGUCAUGUGGAGCCCUGUCCAGAGAGUAAAAUUCCAGUUGGAAUUAAAGCUGGGAGUUCUAAUAAGUACUUGAAAGUGGCAAACAAUACCAAAGAAUUAGAAGACUGUGAGCAAGCUAAUAAAUUGGGAGCAAUUAACAGCACUUUAAGUAUUCAAAGCAAAGAAGCUUUCAUUGACUGGGCAAGAUAUGAUGAUUCACAGGAUCACUUUUGUGAACUUGAUGAUGAGAGAUCUCCAGCUGCUCAAUAUGUAGACCUGUUGCUGAACCCAGAGCGUUACACCGGCUAUAAAGGGCCCUCUGCAUGGAGAGUGUGGAACAGCAUCUAUGAAGAAAACUGUUUCAAGCCUCGAUCUGUUUAUCGUCCUUUAAACCCUCUGGCACCCAGCAGAGGAGAAGAUGAUGGAGAAUCAUUCUACACAUGGCUAGAAGGUUUGUGUCUGGAGAAGAGAGUCUUCUAUAAGCUUAUAUCGGGACUUCAUGCUAGUAUCAAUUUACAUCUAUGUGCAAAUUAUCUUUUGGAAGAAACCUGGGGUAAACCUAGCUGGGGACCUAAUAUAAAAGAAUUUAAACGCCGUUUUGACCCUGUGGAAACCAAGGGAGAAGGUCCACGAAGGCUAAAGAAUCUGUACUUUUUAUACUUAAUUGAGCUUCGAGCUUUAUCAAAGGUGGCCCCAUAUUUUGAGCGCUCAAUUGUCGAUCUUUACACUGGAAAUGUAGAAGAAGAUGCUGACACAAAAACCCUUCUACUGAAUAUCUUUCAAGAUACAAAGUCCUUUCCCAUGCACUUUGACGAGAAAUCCAUGUUUGCAGGUGACAAAAAGGGGGCCAAAUCAUUAAAGGAGGAAUUCCGGUUACAUUUCAAGAAUAUCUCCCGCAUAAUGGACUGUGUUGGAUGUGACAAAUGCAGAUUAUGGGGGAAAUUACAGACUCAGGGUUUAGGAACUGCCCUGAAGAUAUUAUUCUCUGAAAAAGAAAUCCAAAAGCUUCCAGAGAACAGCCCAUCUAAAGGCUUCCAACUCACUCGACAGGAAAUAGUUGCUCUUAUAAAUGCUUUUGGAAGGCUUUCUACAAGUAUAAGAGAGUUACAGAAUUUUAAAGUCUUAUUACAACACAGUAGGUGCCAUUGUAUAUAAGAAAGAACAGCUAUUUUGAUCUUCAUCAGCAUUGCCUUCAGCUGGAAAUUUGGGAACAGCUCACAAUAAACCUCUCAGCAGUUUGCAAACUGAAGUACCUGCAGAAACCAUAGCUACUCACCAAAAUACACAUACUGGGUGCAUGGUAUCAUGGAAUUAUUUGGUAAAACAAACCAACACAGACACACACACACAAAUUUGUGUACUUUUAGCAUCUACAGGUACAGCUUUUAUUUUAAACAGAAUUCCAUAUAAUCUGCUGUUGUACCCACCAGAUUGUAGAAAAUGUGAAUUAAAGUAAAUGUUUCUGCAA